UUGCUCUGUUCUCAUUUACAGCCAAAAAAAAAAAAAAAAAAAAAAAAAAAAAGAAUAAGACUGCCGAGACUGCAAAUGUAUUUGAUAACAGGGCAUUGUGUGCUUUUCCUCUGCCCUGCUCAUGGAGAGGUCCAAUGUGAGUGCAUUUGUACAGACAGUGACAUCAUUACAGGAUCUAGACAGCACUGAAGCAGCCAGGCUGGCAGCAGGCUGUGCUUCCCUUGAAGAGCACUCCCCUAAUACACAGCUACAGGCUGCUACAGCUGAAGAUACAAGUGUUUUGAUUUUUACCUCUUCAGGGAGUAUCAUCAGACAUGGAUGGUUUCCAAACAAUCCUAAAAUUCUUUAUAAACCGGAGAACUGCUAUUGGUUACAGUUUUAUGGCUCUGCUGACACUGGGAAGUGAACGUGUAUUUUCUCUUGUUGCUUUCAGAUGUCCCUGCAGCAAUGAAAACUUCAGGUAUGGAUUAGUAUUUCUCUUCUCCCCAGCUUUUGUUUUGCUGGUCAUUGGAUAUUUUUUGAAUAGCAAGACCUGGAAGCUCUUCACAGGCUGCUGGGUGAACCCCAGAAAAAUAUUCCCCAAAGGGAAUAUCUGCCAUUUCUUCUACAUCUUCGGACAGAUCACUUUAAAUGCUCUGGUAGCCCCUGUGAUGUGGCUUUCUGUGGCUUUGCUCAAUGGGACUUUUUAUGAAUGUGCCAUGAGUGGCUUGAGAAAUCCUGCCUACUUAGAUGCAAUUUGCCACAACAAAUCCGUGAAGUGCUUUGAGGAGUUGCACAAGGUGGCCUGUGGCAAAAGCACCAUGCCCUUUUCAGAGAGCGAGGAACUCAAGCUAACUCUUCAGGCACAGUCACAGAUUUUAGGCUGGUGUGUGAUAGUGACUAUGGCCCUUCUCUCCCUGCUAACCACUUGCUGUGCCAGCUGCCAGUCAAAAGUCAGCCACCUCCAGCUGAUGUUCUGGAGGGUGUAUGCCGAGAAGGAGAAGGAGCAACUGGAGCAGACUUUCCAGCUGUAUGCCACCAAGCUGAGCGAACGAAACCUGAAGUGCUUUUUUGAGAACAAGAAACCGGAGGUUAUUCCCCUGCCAGCUUUUCAGGCAUGGGAAGAUGCUUCCCAGAUCUAUUCUUUCAGCAGUAGCAAACAGCAUUAUAGCACAAUUCACAGGCUAGUUGAAGAAGGCCAGAAAGAAAUCAAUGAGGAAAGAGAGACAACACUAGACUUUGUAGAUAGAAGGGAAAUACCAUAGAUCAUAUAUAUAUAUAUUUUCAGCCUUUUAAUAUCUUGCUGAUAUAGCAUACUUCUAGCUGAUUUCAUCUAUAUUUUUUCAGAGUGGUCUCUUUCUUCUUGAUCACAUUCCCUCCCAGUUUCAUAUUUCUGUCUUUUUGAUGCAAUUACUUCUGCACAACAGUGAAAAGACUCUAGUCCUCACUGGAACUUCAGGGUCAUGUUCUGCUAAUGUCACUGGCUCCAGAAAAAAAGCCAAGAGUAAGAAGGAUUGAAUAAUGACUUAAGGGAGGGUUUAAACAAUAUCCUAUGUAAAAGGCCUUAUAGCACACCUGUCCUAUGUAAAUCAAAAGACUGUCAUAAAGUAAUACAAUUCAAAAUGUGUGUAUAAAAUAAUAGAAGACCUGUGGCUGUCUGACAGUCCACAGAAUGUAAAGGUAUUGCUUCCACAGCACUUUCAGGCACAGCAAUUUUAUUUUAUUUUUUUUAUGUGGCACCAAGGCACUUGGUCACUCAAUGCAUCCCAGUGUCUUUGAUCUUUGAUUUCCUGUUGCACCUAAAAUGCCAUGGAUGGCUUCAUUGUUCAGCCCUGGCCUUCUUGUCCCUGAGAUGCCUUUCUGAGAUGUGGAGGAGCAACCUCACUUGACAAUGAGGUAACUUCUUGGAUGAAUCUUACAGUCAAAGUGUUGGGUACCAAGAACUUGAGAUUCCCAAAUAGUUUGACAUCUCUAUGUCUUUGUUAAUAAUAAUAAUAAUAAUAAUAAUAAUAAUAAUAAUAAUAAUAAUAAUAGUAUUUUCAAACAGAACUAGAGUAGCUGCCUAAGCUUUGUUACAAUAAUUAAAAUGAACCAGUGAUAUUUUGUCUCUAGAGAAUACUUGGCAUUAUCUUCUCCCACGGAGAACCUGGGAGGCUUCCCGUCCCACUGGUACAAAGCUCCUGCCUGGAGCAUAUUCCAGAUGCUGGCUGUAGAGCUGCCUGGCAUUGCUUGUACCGGGCCUGCAGCCAGUGAACAACAGAGGCCCUGGAAGAAAACUCCACAUUUUAAGACAAGAAAAUAUUUUUGCAGAGGGCUGAUUUUCAUUUAUUUAGUGUCUUUGGGAAUGCAGAAUGUGUCUGGAGCAGAGGGGCUGGCAGGCCAGGCAGGUGGGGUGGCAGCACACCCCUACUUCUGAUAAAGGCCUCUCGCCCCACAGCCCUGGGCUUCAGCUCAUGCCCCUGGAGUUCACCAUGUGGCUCUCGCAUGGGUUGCCUGAGCCUUUGCAAAUGCUGUGUGAAAGAGGCACAAAGUUUCUGCCAAGUUUCCUUCCCCGAGGUGACUGGGUAGGCUUUUAUGCUGCCAGUCUCCCAGAGUCUGCAAAGAAUCAUAUUUUUGCACAGGUUGAAUCAGGCUCUUAUCAACAAACCAAUAUACUUUGUCUGGCUCUUCUCAUACUCUUUAAGCUCCUUCAGGAAAAAAAAAAAAAAAAAAAAAAAAAA